AUGGCGGGAGGUAGCCGCAGGGGUCAUGCCCUGUCAGAAAAGGUCGAAUACAUCUUAUCACGCAGGCAUCACCUCUACUUCUCUGAGCCCGCCCCGACGGCAGAUCGAAACCUUGAGAUCGCAAGCCUCCCGGCUGCUAGGCUGAUUGAAGAGGCUUUCAAAGAGCCAGAGAGCUCACGAACUGUCAAGCAUCCUCCGCCGCCAAAGAGACACGGAAGAAAAAUUUCUGGCGCUCGUGGUAAUGGUACGUAUGCCCUUGGUGCAUUACUGAUAGGCUCGGCGCUGAAACUCCCCCAGCUGUGCCUGGCCGAGAAAACAGGAACCGGCGAUCUACAGGCCUUGAUGUUCAGCUGCGUGUCGACCGCCGCAGAGCUCGACCUGCACCCGAGCGCCGUCCGUCGCCGCGACUCAUCCGCCGGCUGCACGCAACACACGGCGAGAGUUCACCGGGCCAUGUGGAUGCUCUACUGCAUCGAAAGGUCGCAUAGCCUUCGCUGGAACACAUUCUCGAUCCUUGGCGACGAUUUUCUCCCUCCGGCCGCUUCGCAGCCCCGCGUAGCAUGGGAGGGUGGCGGAGAAGCAUCUGUAGCGGCAACUGAUGCAUUGGCAGUGAGGGUGCGGUACUCCAAGAUCUGCGCUGAGAUCACGCGACUCCGGGCAAAGACCAAGGCGGGAGACAAGGCGGCUACAUCAGACGCGAUCCAGGCGCUCGUCCAGAAGCUCAGGGAAUGGCGGGAGUCGACGGCGUAUGUCAGUCUCUUGGAACUGUCCGACACAUCUGCCGCGCAGCUGCGCCUGCAGUGGUCCAGCCGCUACCACGAAGCCCUUCUCUGUCUGUGCACCCUGUAUCCCGGCGGCACUAUCACGGGCCAGGCUCUCGGUGGCGGGCAGCAGCAGCUCACGGAGCUGUACGCGGAAUCCAUCGCCGAGGUCAUCACCAAGUGCAGCAGCGUCUCCAUGGACCAAGUCCGUCAAGACUCGUCAGUGUGCCUCCGGUUUCCUUCCAUGGGCGCAACCUACUGA